CAGGGAGUUGCGGAGGUUUGGGAUGGUGGCAGGGUCAGUGCUCACGCCACUGGGAUGAUCCCAGUACAAAGGCGCGUGGCCCAGUGCCCAUUGCUGCCUCCGCUGCCCCAGUGCAGGGCUAUUUCUGGCUCCUAGGGGCAUGGAGAUGCAAUGGGACCAUUCAUGGGUGCUUGGCUCCCUGCCUGAGGAUCAUGGAGCUGCCAGCAGGGUCAAGCUUCGUCUCCUGGGCCCCUGGGUGCUGACCCCAGGGGCUUGGCUCAUGGGACUAUUGCAUGCUUGGGGCUGGCGCUAAUCCCCGCGGCUGCAUGGGAAGUGCUGCCAGCCACCCUAGGAAUUCCUCCUUGGGCCUGGGGAAUUCACUCCUUCGGCUGCCAAAAGCAUCUUAUGCCUCACGGCCAAGCACCAGCACAGCCGGAGCUGGGCUCCAAGCUCUUCGGAUGCUGCUCCUGAGGUGUGGGACCGGGUGCAUCCAGCUGCCCUGGGGUCUUCAGCUAAACCCUGUGCUUAAUGGAGCGCCAGGCUGAGCCCCUGUGGUCUGCACCAGCCCUCGGCAUGGGUAAAUGUCACCCGGGGGCCACAGGGACACCCUUAUGGCAGGCAGAGGUGGGGGGGAGCCGCAGGGACCCAGAUCAGUGCCCCGAGGUGGGUGACGCCAGCCCUCGUGUCUCAUUGCAUGGAAGGGUGCGGCCAGGACAAUGCAGGAGCCCCCCUGCUCGCUGCUUUUUAUAACCACCCCAGCUGUCCUCAGGAGCCCAAAUAAGGCUGUGGGGCCCGGACCCCCCCAGGGCACACAAUGGGUACCAAGCACUGGCUUUUUGGGGAGGUGGAGAGUCAGCUCUGGCCAAGAAAGGCAAAGUGCCCGCGGCGGCAGGCAGAGCAGAGCUGAUAAAGAGCCUGGGGCAGCAGGGCUAGGGCAGUCCUGCCACCCGUCCUGCCCGUCCUGUCCUGCCUGUCCCGCUGCGCCACCGAGAAUGGAGGCCAUCAAGAAGAAGAUGCAGAUGCUGAAGCUGGAUAAGGAGAAUGCACUGGACCGGGCAGAGCAGGCAGAGGCAGAGCAGAAGCAGGCAGAGGAGAGGAGUAAGCAGCUGGAGGAUGAGCUGGCCUCCAUGCAGAAGAAGCUGAAGGGGACAGAGGAUGAGCUGGACAAGUACUCAGAGGCUCUGAAGGACGCUCAGGAGAAGCUGGAGCUGGCGGAGAAGAAGGCAGCGGACGUACGUACGGGCACGGGGGAAGGGGGCUGGAGCAGGAGGAGCUCCCUUGCUGGGCACUUGGAACCCCCCCGCCACACAUGGGCCAUCUCGCAGCGCGCCCCCCACCUCCCGCCACGGCGGCUCCUCGUCUCCGUGGCAACCCCCGGGCGGGGCGGACGGAAGUGA